UUCUCUCGUUAUACAUGAGUGCUUUUUUUUAAUUCUCCAUCCUUUUCAACAAAAUGACAGGAAACUACAAUGAAAUUUUAAAUAUUCGCUAAUUUUUUAUUUUUAUCUUGCAGAAUCUCAAGAUACUGGAGAUAAAGAGUCCGAGCGACAGCUCCCUAAAUCUCCUUCCUUGCCCCCUGCCCUGUCUCCAUCUCGCCAGAGGUCGCCCGGAACCCCGCCCUACACGCCACCUGUGUAUGCACCACAGUCACAAAUUUACCAGACCUAUAACACAACCGGAAGUCCUGGUAUCAAAACACCGCCUGUGGGGGAACUGACGUCAUUUAGCAGAAAUGGUUUAAUGAGUCCAACAACUAACGGGAACAGAGACGACAACUCGUUUGUACAAAAUUCUAGAAAGAUCCAGUCUAACUCAAACACAAGUAAAAGCCAAGUUGUUCCUAAGCUGAACCUAUACGGAAUAAAUUCUCCAAUAAAAACCGGAAGUACUUUAAAUGGUCGUCUGCAGAAUAGCCUCGUUUGCAAUGGGACAAUUAAAACCGGAAAUGACGAUGACAUUCCAAAGACGAAAGCGAAAACACAAAAUGUCACGUGGAACUUAGAUCAAAAGGAAACAAAUGGAAUACCAAAGAGACAGAAUACGCCAACAACACCGAAACUUACAGAAAGUUCUUAUUCUGAGGUGAAACAACCGUCACCACGGAAACCUCCGUCUGAUAAACUGAUUGUAUUCGGAGACAUAUCAUGUAAGUUAUAUAUUCAUGUACAUGUAUAUCUGACAUUUUGAACACCAUUAUAUAUUGUAUAUAUGUUUAUUAUUCAAAUAUUAUAACUUUGGAAUAAAGGAAAAGUGGUUGCAAUUAAACAAAGAAAAAAAACAACAAGAAAAAAAACCCUGCUAGUAUUCAUUAGUAAAAAACGAGUUGGCAUAAAAACGGCCAUGGUCGGAUAAAAUCGAUUUAUAUAUUUAACCUAUUGAAUGUCUAUUUGUUCCAAAUAAUCUAAACUACUGAAUGUUUUUGCUAUAACUGUUUUUGCCCCGGCACCGGUUUCUAAAAACGUGUUCGCUCAUACCAAAAAAGCUCACAAACAAAAUGAAGACAUUUGAUUGUGGGCUUCCGCCAGAUUUUAAAACAGCGUUAUGUAUUUUAUAUGGUGUUUAUUACUGAUUAAAAAUACAGUACUAUAGGGUUGGUAUUCAUGUGAAGUUUGUUUACUGUAAUAUCGGGUCGCUGCUAAUGGACGCUAAAUUUCGUUGUAUCUUUCAGUGAUGGUGUAUAUUUAUAACAAGAAGUUUAAACUGCUUUCACUGGCAUCGGUUAUUUCGAAAUUUUGUAAGAGCGUUUGAUUUUUAGCUCGAAGAAUGAGAGCUAUCCGCAGCGUCGGUGUCGGUGUAAGCGUAACCGCUUAUGUUAAAGUUUUCGUAUAACUUCAAAUAUCCAAGUCCAUUGACAAAUGGGUAGUUUUCUACAAAUUGAGUAU